UAGUUUGCAUCGCCAGGCAUUAGACGACGAAUACUUCAGCUGCUAGCAUUCGCUUUCAUGCUAACAGUGUGUGGGAUAUUUUUAGAACGGCCUUCUGCUGCACUGCCCUUUAAUAAAUGCUGCACGUCUUCUUAUGCAAUAGUCAUGCUAUCUACUGAUGUACUGCUGUGACUUUCAUUAUAAGCUGAUGCGCUCUCUGCCAUGAGUUGGGAGGACAUAACCACCUUUUUGGAAAUAAGUGGAAUAUUAUAAACGCUGUGAGUGUAACACCAUGGAGAUUCGCUGUUGGAUGCCUGUUUUAAUCCUGCUGUGCGUGAUCACUGCGACGAGAUGCCAGACUACUGUGGAUGCUUCUUCUAUCUCCAUGGGGGAGCAUCCCCGUGAUACUGUAGGAGUGGUAGGGGGUAUUGUAACGUUCAGAUGUGUGGUGCGUAAUAAAGGUGAGCAUUCGGUCUACUGGUUCCGACAUGGCGCCCAUAAAUACCUCAGUAGGGACCGUCGUAUCUUUCACCUCGCCGACAUGGCAGGAUUCAUGAAUCGGAUUUCUAUCCAAGGCAAUAUGGGGUACGGUGAGUUCAAUCUCCGAAUUUCCAACGUCUCACUGGCCGACAAUGACCAGUACAGCUGCAUGUAUUUUCUUGGGCAGCAGUUCGUGGGAAUGUCGGAACCGGCUUCCUUGACGGUUUACAUGCCACCGACAUCUAAAGGACCUAGCUGUGAGAUGCAGCCACCCAACGAUGCUCGGCCAGGGAUGAAAGUGACAAUGGUAUGUACCUCAACAGGAUCGCUACCAUAUACCAGACUAGACUGGAAGAAUCGGGUGGAGAUUCUACCGGGUACCUUGGUGCAAGGACCACGCCCCAGAGCGCUCUACGAAGUGAGAUUAACAGAUAUGGAUAACGGAGCUACCUUCACAUGUGAGGAGUCGAGUCCUGCUUUGUACCAGCCGCGGACAUGUUUCCUGAAGCCUUUCUUCAUACAGACCAACGUCACUGUUAUACGUGAACCUGAGAGCAUCAGUACCGGAGCGGACGUAGUAGUCAGGUGCAUUGCCAAAGCCAUACCAAAACAGGUGAACUACACUUGGACUAUCAACAACCGAAACCUCACUGUCACUAACGACCCUAGGAUCAAAUUGGAACAGAAUGGCAGAGUUCUCAGGAUCAUCAACGUCAAAGCAGAAGACAAUGGAACCUUGAUCACUUGUUCUGCGAAUAACGUCUUGAAUUUAGAAGGGUCGGACUACACCUCACUCACCAUCAACAGCGAGCAGCUGCAGAGUGUUGCACAGACAGGAGGAUCCUCAAAGCAUAUUGGUAUCAUCAGUGGUAUCGUCGGCACCUUAGCCAUUCUCAUUAUUGUCGCUAUCCUUGCGGUGAGAAAGAAACGUCAGAUGUUGCAGGAAAAACCUAGGAACGUCCAGCGCCAGGCCAAACAUGUGUCUCGACUGUCUGGGUUCUCUGAUUGUGAGUACCUUGAUGAUCAGGACUUCGGAGGUGUGGCCAUCUGCAACACUCCUCGAGAUGCCAUCGCGGAGCAUCUGAAAGAGAACCCUGAAGACAAAGGUCCGAAUGAUGAUGGCGAGACAGCAGCGAGGGUUCUUCUAGUGGCUGGUCCACCACCUAGGCCAAAACCACCCAAAAAGCUGCCCAUCAUCAAACCGGUUCUACCUCCAAUAUCCCCUGUUAUGCGAAUGCGUGCAACCCCUCCUCCCCUUUCCCCUUCGUUGCCUAGCAACGAGAUGCCAGCAUCCCUUCCCCCAGUGACUGAAUCCCGUCAUAGUCCCGUGAAGACUUUUCCCGCGGGUAGACUCCCGGGAAUGCCGGGAAAAUACCACGCUAAGGGUCCCUUACCACGCCCUCCCAGACCCCCAACCUCACCCAGGCACCAUCGUUUUCAAAGGAAUGAAUCAGAUCUCCUCAGGUGCUAACACAUGUGAUAUUAUCCUAAGCCAUGGUAACAAUCAAUGAUGAUUUUUGUAUUGUAUUUUAACGUUAUACUCAUGAUUUGUUCAAAAUGUGAUAUGUAUAUCAGUGAUUGAUAUGUUUUUGUCUUGUAUUUCGUUUUUGUUUACUGAUACAUUUAAAAUGUUGAGAAUGAUCGGUGAUCAAUUUUCAUGUCACCUAGCGUGUCAAAGUGCAGAUUACCCUAGGCUUAGACGGAGCUUCAGUAGUUGUUAAGCUGACAUGUAAGAUUAUAAGUUAAUAUCCCGGACUAUUAUACGCUAAUUGCUACUUGCUAAUAAUGAUAGUAUCUUGUGUAAACCAUCAUGACAUCGAUUAUGGAAGACAUUGGAAGGGUCUGUCUUUCCUUAGCUUAACCCUAUAGUUUUCAAAUCACCAAACUCCUGUCCUGAUCAGUGGUGUGAGAUCUUUCAACAAUUCAUGUUUGACAUUGUUCAAGCAAGCAUUAUUUUGUCUAUUUUGCUCAAUGUAGACCCCAGAUGAUAAGUGUGAAAAGUCAGAUGUUUGGCUUUAAUGCUUACUUCGCAAUUAAUUUAUCAUGUUUAUUUACACUUCUACAGGCUUUAACUUUUUUUGUCAGAUGCAUCAUUUUGUAGUACUUUAAUAUCGUCGAAAGAUAGGAAUUAGAAUAUAGAAAGGAGGAUAAAUGUUCCUAUUUCUUUUCGCCCAUUUAUUUUUUUUACUGAAGUUUAGGUGUCCAUGCAGUUAAUUACCAACAUAUUCGUAACUAUUAUGUCCAUAAUGCAUUUUUUCAGAGAGGAGAGAUAGAACGUAUUUGUUACGAGGAGGGGGCACCGUGUACUUGUUGACCCUCUUCCCAUCCUAACCCCUCUCCAUCCAUAAAUCGUCUACAUCUAUUAAUCUUCAUUACUAAGCUCAUGUCACAUAAUGACAGUUAAGGUAAUUAUAUUAUAGGACGCGGAUAUCCUGACUUUGAGGAGUGAUUUACAACAAGCAAGGAUCUAUAGCUUUCUAGCCAAUUAAUUAUCAGGAAUUAUGUAGAAAGAGAACCAGACUAGUAUGUCUUUGUAAUUAAUCCGCACUGGUUCCGGAACCAUUAGACCACGACGCACCCGAACUAUUUGACAUACGAGUUUACUCCUUCGGUGUCAUAUCUUAUGAAACAUCUGAUUUUGGAUACUAGGUGUGUAUAUUCAUCUUAAUCUUUGAAUUCCAAUGAUAUUCUGCCACCAUCUAUAGCGCUCUUUGUGAAGAUGAAUGAAGUUGUAAUCACAUAUUAUCUGUCAAAAAUCUGAUGAACAUAUGGGAGAGAUUUGGGUACAUGUUUUAUAUACUAAUUAUAUUUAAAGGCAAGUGCCAAUAGGAGAACAUGAUCAUAGACAUAAUAACGUCCCUGACGAAUUUGGAAUGAAGAUGGACAAGUGGGAAUAGGGGAGCAUAAUUACUGGGAUGAUAGCGGAACAAUAGAAAGGGGGGCUUUAAUGAUGUCUUCCGUUCUUAAAUGAAAUUGAAGGUUGACACUGGGGGCCAUCAUUAUAGAGGAAGGAUGUAUGUCAGUAACAUUAUGUAAUAUCAUGUAGCUUAACUGUUCUUUCAUACGCUUUGAUGUAGGCCUACAUAAUCUUACUCUUAGAUAAGUAUUGCAUUGUGGGUAAUUUUUCAUCUAAGGGACUUCAGUGCUUAAUAUCAUACAAAUUAACUAGGGUAAUAUUUUGCUAUGAUACUUUCAGACAGCCUAAUAUUUUUUGGCCUAUACAAAGCAUUAAAUGAAAUUUCGAUGGAUGAUUACUCUUAAAAAUUAAAGUAGGUCACUAGAGACUAAAGGUGAAUGCCCAUUUAGGUGUGAGACUCUGUAUUUUCCUUUUUUUGUAUUGUUCUUUGAGAUAUGUGAUACGAUUAUUGUCCUCUUGGCAGCUUGACAUUUCCCUCUUUUAAUUAAGCUGCACGGAGUUCAGCAAAGGAGGCCACUUAAUUUCGGCUCGAAGUGUGAUCAUAAUGGUCAGCCCUCUUGAUGCGUGCCUCGAAUCCAAUUAUCAUGAAUCACUGAAACGUAAGAUUAUUUAUGAUUUAGAUAUCCGCAAACAAUGAAAAACAGAUCAGCACAACAGGGCUCUCCCAUCGACAAUGUGAUAAACAAUCGCUAAACGAUUCAUAAUUUUGACAGAUUUGGAACGGAGAUGAACAAUGGGAUUUUUAUUUCCAGGGAGCGAGUUUUGGAAUGUUUAUUUUAUUGCCUAUUGUUUACCUGUUUACGUUCGUAUCUUGUUUACUGCCUGAAAUUCACUGCAAUAUUAUUCGAUAGAACAAGAUAAAUUUGUUGUUUAUUUGGGUGACAUACCUCUCUUUCAUUGAGACAUCCCUUUCAAGAUCUUUGAUUUCCAUUUAUUAUGAUGACACACUUUUUCUGAUAAUUAUAUAAGCCUCUAGAUAAAUCAUAAGUGUUUUUUUCCAUGUAUUCUAUCAUGUCUAUGAAUAUAUAUAUUUUUUAAUUUCAUAACAUAUUGACUAAAUCGUCAUGACAGUUAGGUUUCAAAUCCUAAAUCUGCCUUUUUCUGAUGUCAAAACCACUGGUUUCUAUGAAUUUAAUUGAAUUGAAUUUUAGAUCUAUUUUAGAUAUUUCCACAUGGCCAAAGCCAAAAAACUUAUGUCCCACUUAUGACAUUGUUGUAUUAAAGCACACGAGAACAAUAUGAUAUCACGAUUAUAAUUUUCAUCUCGAUUCUGAAAUCCCAUUCUUCGUUCCUCUCGAAGCAAAUGAAAAGCAGCUUAGAUUGAUGAUUGAGUGGUCUUUCGUGGCGUUAUAUUCUGUUUACUUUAGCGAUAAACAGUGUUAUUUGAGUAAAUUCAUCACCAACUAAAUUGUAGUUGGAAAAAAUAUGCAACCGUGUCAAGCAAGACAUCUGCUCAUCUGCUUUUCUGAAAUGAUUUAUUUACUGCGACUGGCCAAAUGCAAAGUUAAACACAUUUUGUUUUUCGAUACUGAUCGGCGUUGUUUGUUGACAAACAAUAACCGAGGCCAAAGCCAAGCCGAGUAAACACUUAUUAUGUAUGUCUGUUAUAAAUAAUUGUUUAUUUAGCUGUACACGGGCUGGUUGAUAGACAGCUCCUCUAAGUAAUUGACACUGACUUGGUGAAUCAAAUUUUAUAAUUCAUACUUUUUGCAUGGUUUAAGAAAAGGUAAUUUUUCUGGAUGAUUGAAAAGAGCCAGUAAUUAUAAAAAACUUUAUUGCGUGAAGUAUUUUAUGUCAGAUUAUUUACCUUUCAUUCAACGGUGACAUAUUCUUCUGGAAAUUCAGUGUUUCGGUUGAACAGAACAGCGCGGGCUUUGAUCAUGUUGAUAAACCAUGUUUUGUUACAGUGUUGGUAUGCAAUUGCACUUAUUGACAACAACAAGCAAUCAAUCAUUUUAUAUAAUUAUGAAUAAGCUUGUUUUAUAUCUGCUGGACUAAAUAAAUACUGCCUAACGUCACGUGUUUAUCAGAUAACAGGACGGUCUUUGUUGCCAAGUUAUCAAAGUUAUAAUUCGUUUAUUCUUUUCUGAAGCCUUUUGGCCUUGCCCAGGCCUUAAUUUAGGUCGAAGUAUUUGGCAAGGAUCAUGUACUCACAAACCGUGUUCGUAUACAUUCGUACUGGUUUGAUACUUGAACUCAGUUCAAUUUAUCGUGACGUAUCAAUUUAACUGACCUCGCUUGGUCGCAAGCGGUGUGAUGAGUGAUUCAAGAAGUUUGCAAAUUUCACAGCCGCCAAGAAGAAGAAGUUAGUAUUGUAUCUGUUUUUUCCUUUGAGCCGAUGAGUCACUCACAAUGUUCCCAUUGAAAGAGUUGAUGAAACAACAAAAAUUUAGUUAUAUCCCGAAAUGAUCCCGCCAUGUUUUAUUCUAUUCCAUGAAUAUAUGAAUUCCCUGCUUAUUCUUAGCGCAACUCAUUUAGUCUUUGUUAAUUUGAUUUGCGCCUCAGGUACUAAUUAAAUGAACAUAUCGACUUACAAUGUAGUUGAUUAUCUGCUCUAGAGGAUAAUUGUAGAAAAAUAUUUUUGUAAGACUAGGAUAUAAUAUAAUAAUAAUGAUUA